AUGUCCGAGGACCUCGCCGGCAGAAUCCACGUCUUCUCCGACGGCUCUGUCCUACAGGACCGCUCCGCUGCUGCAGCUUGCGUCGCCCCCGAGCUCGGCAGUGAACUCCAGCGACGUGUGAGCUACUGUGCUUCUUCCACCACAGCCGAACUGGUGGGUCUGCAGCUGGCGGCCGAUCUACUUCGCGACUCGCCGGCUGUCACGAGCGCAGUUAUUUUCUCCGACUCUAAACCAGCUCUGCGCCAGCUCGCGAGGGAGGACUCCGGCGCACCACUUGGACAGCGCGUUGCCCAGAGUCUCCUGGCACUUCGGGAGAGUGGUUGCGACGUUGUCUUGCAGUGGCUACCAUCCCACGUCGGCAUCGCAGGCAACGAGGCGGCGGACGAGCUCGCAAAGCGAGCACACUCCGCCGCGAUCCCGCUGACGGAUUACACCACGUCGUUUGACUCUGCGCGCUUCAAUUUUUGUCGAGAGUUAGUGCGAGCAUCUUGA